AUGUUUUAAUUGAGGAAUUAUAUAUAUAAAUUUUCAAAGCUUUAAAACUAUACUCAAUAAUUAAGAGAAUCCUUCAACAGGAACUAAAAAAACUUUGCUUAUGCCUCAUAGAUCCCUUAGGAGUGGAAUGAAGAAAAAUUUUAAGAGUUUUUUGAUCCUUAGACAUAAUAUAUUAAAAAAGGUAAAGCACAAACAUUAUUUCUAGUUCAUUUUGUAAUAGAUUCACUAAAUAGAUUUAAUGGAAGAGCCUUUAUUGAGAUGGAGUCAGAAGAUGCGGUGAAAGAAUUUAUGAAAAAGUUUUAAGAGAAUAAAUUAGAAGAGUAGGAUGCUCAAACCAAAAUUUCAAUAAAUCCUUUAGUUUUAAAAAUAUACAGAAAACCAUUAGAUUAGGAAAAAAGAGAAAAAAAAAAAACAUUUUUAACAGGAUUACCAAGAACAAUAAAAAAUGAAGAAUUGCUUGAAUUAGUUAAGGACUUUGGUGAGAUAGAGAAUAUUGAGAUUUUAAAAGAUAAAAAAGGGGAGUUUAGUAGAGGAUAAGCAAUAGUAGUUUUUAAAAAUGAGGAAGAUGCAAGAAAAUUUAAGUAUUUUGCUAAUGGAAAGUAAUAUAUGGGAAAAAAGAUUCAAAUUGAGUUACGAUCUUUGAGAGAGGAGAAUGAAGAAUAAAUUAAUGAAAAUGAGUAAUAAAAUUAAGGAGAAAGAAAAGAUGAUUAAUAGAAAGUAGAUUACAGUAAUCUAUAAAAGAUGUUAGAUACAGAGUGA